UGGAAGAGUCUGAACCAGCUGAGGAGUAACAUAUUCCCCUUUUACACUGAUACGGCUGUCCGAUAGUUUCUCUAAUUGUUGAAGAUCUGAACAAGUUGUUGCCAGGAGGUCCAUAAGAAAGAUUGCCCUCCGGCCAGUGUGGGGCUCUUCUUACCCCCAAGAAAGAAAUUAGUAGUAAAAAGUCGGAGAGAAUUGAGAGUGGGAAGGGACGGAAGGGGGAGGAAGGGUGCUUUCAGGGGUACUGAGAAUAGUCCUGGGCAGAAGGCAGUUCCAGUAGUGGGCAGCGAAGGAUUUGCUUGAGGUCAUUCCAUGAAGGAACCUCCAUCCAUCCAUUGCAAAGCCUUUGGGAGCAAUGAUUGUGUCGAGAGAGCUGUGUUUCUGGGCUACUGGAGCCUGAGGACAUCACAUGAAGUCUCUGGUCCAUCUGCCAUUGCUUUGCUGGAACUUCUUCUGCGGCAGAGGACUUCUGCUGCCCGCCUCGUGACGCUCCAUCAGAGAUGAGCACAGGCCUGCCUUUGUAGCAAGGAGGCCCGAGGGAAGAGUGGGCGCUUCCAUCGUCUCACCAUGGUGCUUCCACCCCCAGACAAGCGGCAUGUGUGUCUUACCACUAUUGUUAUAAUGACCAGCAUGGCAUUCAUGGAUGCUUAUCUAGUGGAGCAGAAUCAGGGGCCCCGUAAGAUUGGUGUCUGCAUUAUUGUCCUGGUAGGAGACAUCUGCUUUCUGAUUGUGCUGCGCUACGUGGCUGUCUGGGUGGGGGCUGAGGUCAAAACGGCCAAGCGUGGCUAUGCUAUGAUUCUGUGGUUCCUCUACAUCUUUGUACUGGAAAUCAAACUCUACUUUAUAUUCCAGAACUACAAGGCUGAUAAGAGAAACCUGGAGACAGUGGCCAGGAAGGCACUGACCUUGCUGCUCUCCAUCUGCGUGCCAGGACUAUACUUGGUGCUCGUGGCUUUGGACAGCAUGGAGUACAUCCGCACUUUUCGGAAGAAAGAGGACUUGCGAGGAAGGCUCUUCUGGGUAGCCUUAGACCUCCUGGAUAUCUUGGACAUUCAAGCCAACCUGUGGGAGCCACACAAGACGGGGCUGCCCAUCUGGGCAGAAGGCCUCAUGUUCUUCUACUGCUACAUUCUUCUCCUGAUCCUCCCUUGCGUAUCGCUCAGCGAAAUCAGCAUGCAAGGGGAGCACAUCGCUCCGCAGAAAAUGAUGCUCUACCCUGUCCUGAGCCUGGUGACCAUCAACGUCGUCACCAUCUUCAUCCGCGCCAUCAACAUGGUGUUGUUCCAAGACAGCAGAGUCUCCACCAUCUUCAUCGGCAAGAACAUCAUCGCCAUCGCCACCAAGGCCUGCACGUUCCUCGAGUACAAGAAGCAGGUGAAGGAGUUUCCCCAAAACGCCAUUGCGCUUGAGCUGCAGCAGAACUCGGUGCCCCACAACCAGACAGUCCACAGUUCGCAGGGCAUUGCCCACGAGCAGUCGCCCACCAGGGAGAUCUUGGACACAUGACAGGGCUCCUCGGGCGUUGGCGCUCGCUCACCUUCCCUUGGUGGAGUGGGAGAGGGGGGUUGUGCUCUCACCCCAGCACCCAGAGCUGCCCCCACCCCCGGCACAAGGUUCUGAUCAAAGUGGUGGGACACCCCAUGCAUCUCAGGUAUUUCCUUGGGGCCCUCUAGAAAGAAAACAAAACCAAAUGGACCUCCGGAGAAGAACUCUGCCCCAGUCAGCAUCUAAUCUUUUCUAUCUGUUUGUUACCUGUGCAUCACAACAUGACGGGAAUGAGGA